AUGGCUGCAAUCUCGGAAAAGUACCAACACCAGGCUCCACUGCCAUUCUCCCCUGCAGAGCUCGGAGACUUUCAUCGCUUCCAUGCCCAUUCAUGGGACACCGACGACCAGUUCCAGGCCGGUCUCCGCACCAUCACCCAGACUCAGGCUACGGACCCUUCCUUCUCCGAGCUGCUCAAAAUGAAGCAAUACUACUUUUCAACAAGGAUGAGUGUACGGAUCAAUCUGGAUGACUAUCUCUCCUGGAGGAAGCACCUUGAGCAACCCUCGGAUGACCCCAAUGUGCCCAUCUUCAAGCGGUUCGACGAAUACAACUUUGACGCCGACCGCAAGUUCCAACAGGGUCUGCCCAGUAUCAUCGGACAGCUUGUCAAGGAUGGCAAGAGCACACUGGAUAAAGCUGCGCUGCAGAAGGAGAUGACCAAAGCCAAGGCCUUUUACUACGCUCGGUUUAUCGAAUUGUUCGAUUUCCCAGCAUAUUUGGGAUGGAAGGAAAUGGAGAAAUCCCAGGCUGGACCCGCAUGCCCAUAUGCUCACCUCUGGCAGAACAAGGGCAAGGGAGCAGGAAACGAGCUGGAAGAGGACGCACAACAAUUCUUGACCGCCACCCAACCACUCUCGACCGGUGCUCUUCAGGUCCACAUCCACUCGCCUGCGACAAAGAACAGCUUCACAGGAGUGCGCUUGGCCAAGAUGAGCCAGGCGAUUGCAGAGGCCAAAACGGAAGAAUCGAUCACAUCUGUCUAUUGGACUGUCAACUCUGGCAAGUCCACGCAUAACGAGCGAGAUCCCGAGUCUGAGAUUGUGACAAAGGACGAAAAGUGGUUCGCUGGUGGAGUUACCGUUGGCGCGCCCUCAGAGAACGCCAAGUCGAAGCAGGAUCCAGCUCAGGUCAAGGAGCGUCUUCGACAGUACUAUUCCCUUGUGGAUGAGAUAAACACUAUCACCAAUGAACAUGAUAAGCCAGUUGUCAGGAUUGUGGACGGCAUUGUGUCCCUCUCCGCAGCAUACCUCGCCUUUGGAGCUGCCAGUCAGCGAGUUAUCACCGAGAACGCAACCCUCUCGUUCACUCCUACUUCAACCACAGAGGCCAUCAACAUUGUCAACAACCCCUUUGCAGGGCUCUGCCUCUUGGCACAGAUUCAGGCCUCCUCUAAGAACGACACCAGUGCGCGCCCUUUGCCCAAUGGCGUCGCUCACUACCUCGCCUUCUGCCCCGACUACAUCCUUCGAGGACCUGAUCUGCGGAAAUUGGGAUUGGCCGACUUUUUUAUCUCGUCCUCCAAGAAGAAGGACAUAGACGAAGCUAUCGUCUCUGUCGCAGGAUGCCCACCUCCACAUACCACCCAGGCUAUCCGCAUGGCGCUGAACGCUGAGGUUGUCUACCCUGGACCUGCCAAGAUUGACGUUUGGCGAUCCGAGAUCGAAGAGUGCUUUGGUGAUGCUGCAUCUUUGAAGGACAUUGUCAGUAAUCUGGAAAAGUACAGCAACAACUGGUCAAAGUCCAUUCGUGCCUACAUUGCAUCACUGGAGCCCGUCUACGCCGAGUUGCUGUUCAAGGCCAUUGAGAAAACGGCAGAGUUGACAUCAUUCAAGGAGGUCGCGCAACUGGAGUACAGAUUGGCUCAGCGUUACUCAGAGUUUGAGGCUUCAACCGAGGAAGAAAAGACCACUAAGGCUCUCGCUGACCUUGGAGAUUUUUUCGUCCCACUUGAGGCGGAAGAAGCAGAGCUGUUUAACUUUGACUUUGCCACUUAUCUCAAGGAGCACCAGGAGGACAAGGAACUUGCAAAUGGCGCAUCUACUUCUACGUCUAUCGGGAAGAAUGGCGCGAAUGCUACUCAGGCGUGUCCAUACCUUAUUGGCAAGGUCACAGCCAACGGCGACAGUGUUGUGCCCUCUGAUCAUCCCCAGAUCCCAGGCGUUGAUUUCUCGGACACCGAGGCAGCCAAGGCGUGCCCUUAUCUGGCUUCCAAGGAGAAUGACACUCAGGAAAAGGCGGAAGUUGCAGCACCACCACCAGCAGAUCACCCUUCAAUCCCUGGAGUCGAUUUCUCGGACCCCGAGGCCAUCAAGGCAUGCCCUUUCCUGUCUGCCAAGAACAAGCGCGAGGAGGCUGCGGUAACGGCGGCAAAAGAGAAGGAAGCGAGCUCUGCUAUGCCUUCGGAUCACCCUGUCAUUCCUGGAGUCGAUUUCUCGAACCCUGAUGCCAUCAAGGCGUGUCCCUUCCUUUCCUCUCAGCAGCAACAGCUGGCAUAG